GGUAUCGAAUAAUUUUUAACACAUCAAUGCAACCCUGUCUAUCGCACAAGCAGAGAACGUAUAUCAGAGAUCGUAUAUCAUAUAUUUUACGUUCUCUGCAAGCAUUUCUGACUUUCCUCAAUUCUCGCUAAAUAAGAAAUGUCAAAUGUCAAAAUACUAAACAAAGAAUAACCGCCGAAAACAUAAACGAGGUGGAAGAAAAAAUUGUCAGCAAAAGAAGAAAAAAGCACGCAUUUUAUGUGAAAUUAAUUUACUGAAAUUAAAAACAGGGCUUCAACAAGAACAGCCACAAAGCUAAAUACGAUGAGUGCAGGUGACAACUCAGAUGCCGAACUCAACGCUGCGCUUGAGAAAUACUUCGGUCAUAGCAGCUUCAAUUCAGAUUUGCAAAGAAGUGCUAUAAAAUGUGCUGUGGAGAGAAAGCGCGAUAUAUUUGUGUCUAUGCCCACCGGCUCCGGCAAGUCGUUGUGUUACCAACUGCCUGGUGUGUUGUGCGAAAAUCAAAUAACUAUUGUCUUUUCACCAUUAUUGGCGCUAAUAAAAGAUCAAAUUGAUCACUUGGGUAAGGUUAAGAUACGCGCCGAUUCAUUGAACUCCAAGAUGUCAAAUAAAGAACGCGAUGCUGUCAUCAGCGAUCUGAAAGCUAUGCGCCCUAGCAUACGAUUUCUAUAUAUAACGCCCGAGCAAGCGGCAACACAGUUUUUUCAAGAUCUUUUGCAAACAUUGGUCAAGCAUAAUAAGAUUGCAUAUUUUGCCGUAGAUGAGGCACAUUGUGUUUCACAAUGGGGUCAUGACUUCCGACCAGAUUAUCUGAAACUUUGUAACCUGCGUAGAAAAUACACCAGCAUUGUUUGGCUGGCGCUGACGGCGACUGCAUCAAAACAAGUACGUGAAGACAUUUUCCUGCAUUUAGCGCUCAAGCAACCAGUUGCCAGGUUUACAACGCCCAGUUUUCGAAAGAAUCUCUUCUAUGAUGUAGUAUUCAAAAACUCAAUAGAGGAUGAUUUUCAACAUUUAGCUGCAUUUGCCUUGCAUUGUUUUGGUGACGCAAACGAGUUUAAAGCUGUGCCCGCACCGAAACGAGGCUGUGGCAUUGUUUACUGUCGAACGCGUGAAAAUGUGGAACGCGUAGCAUAUGGUAUUUCCAAACAAGGUGUGGGCGCUGUGGCGUAUCAUGCGGGCCUAAAAGGCGCAGAGCGCAUACAAGUGCAAGAGCAAUGGAUGAACGGUGAAUACCCUGUGAUAUGUGCAACGAACAGCUUUGGCAUGGGUGUGGAUAAACCAUCAGUGCGAUUCGUCGUGCAUUGGGAUGUGCCACAAAAUGUUGCUGCUUAUUAUCAAGAGUCUGGCCGCGCUGGACGCGACGGUUUACAAUCAUACUGCCGGUUGUAUUACGGGAGGGAAGAUGUAAAGUCUAUACAGUUUCUGCUGCAAAACGAUGUAAAUAGAACGAGGAGUGCUACUUGCUCUGGAAAACAAGAGUUGGCGCAGCGUGCUGUGAAGAAUUUCGGUGAGAUCGUUAACUUCUGUGAGAGUCUAAGUUGCCGUCACAAACUCUUCUCCGAUUACUUUGGGGACCCGCCACCAGAUUGCAAUGACCAAUGUGACGUGUGCAGGCACCCUAAAAAAAUCGAGAAGGCUUUAGAAAUGUUUCACAAACUGUGUAUGGAUGGACACUUCAAAUCUGGAGUUUCAUUGGAAGAUAGCGCGGAUUUGUAUGAAGGUGGGCGCGCGGGUGCGAAGAGAUUAAAAAACGACUAUGGCGAGUCGGACAGUGAAACUUCUGUAAGUCACGAGCAUUUGGCGAAGAAGGCAAAGCGUGAAACAGAAGAUUUCAUACGAAAACAAUUUCAACUGCGCAAACAAUUGAAUGCGGCGCGCGAAGUGGAGAAGGAGGGCAAAUCACAGAUAACACGUGUCAAGCAUGCACCAUCGUCUGGUGUCAAAGUUUUUGGACUUACGACGGCCAUACGUGAGAACUACCUCAGCGCAAUCGUCAGUGCGCUGAAGCUAAAUGCCGAACAGUGCAAAGAAGAUGAUCCGCGUAGGGAUCUGCGCCAUCGUGAUUUUGAAGCCAUUGCCAUAGACAUAGAGUAUGAGUGCUUUACGAGGGUGAAGGUGACCAACAUGUAUCGACACGCCUUGGCGAAAGAGCUUGCAGCCAUCCGCCAGCAAACGAACAAAGAGCUGCUUAUGCCAAUAUUAAGAGCCUAUGUAGCACGUCCCGAAACAAGUCAGCAGGGAGCCUGGACGGGCGGUAGUGUUGAGUACUUCGAGCGUAAAUUGAAGGAGUUGGAAGACACGCGUCCAUCAUCGCCCAAUGUGCCGAACAAGAACAACGCCACGAAAGAUCUUCCAAAGGCAUUGCGACAUAAAAAAAGUUACAAACAAGAUACUACCAAACAGACAACCAUUGGCAACUUUUUCGAGAAAAAUAAGGAAAUUAAAAGUGAAGGCGAUAACUGUUCGCCAGUAAGCAGCAGUGGGGAGAGCCAAGAUGUGGAAAGCAAUGAAAAUGGAAAUAUCAAGCAAGAGCGUAUGGAGUGUAUGGAUAUAGAAAAGACACCGACCGAGCAAGAGAAAGAAGAUACUUUUGAAGGUACACCUGUAAAAGAAGAAGAAGCUUACGACCUUGACAAAGACGACACCGUAAAAAAUGAUACCAUCAAUAUGAAAGUAGAUGAUGAUCUCGAGGACAUAAGCGACAAAGAUAUCAACUCCAAUGAGUUUAAAAUGAGCGAAGACGAGGAAAAGCAUGAUACUGACAAAAAUGAAACAACGCGCUUGGAUAAGCAUACUGCCAAACCAGCGGAUGCCAAAAUGGAUUCGUUGUUUGGCAACGACGAUUGGGAUGAUCCAGCUGAAGAAAUGUUGGAGAAUUCUAUUAAGUAUGCAACUAAGAAAGAUGACGGCAAAAUAAAGACGCUUUUCGGUGACGAAUCGGAUAUUUCACUUGCAAACAAAUCAGAUAGCUCCACCAGAACAGACACCAGAAACGAGGAUGAAGAAUAUUAUGAUGUGCUGGUACAUCACAAACGCAAACACAGAACGUCGCACUACAGCAAAUCGAAGGAGAAAUCGCCUUUGCACAGCUACAAAACCUCGGCCAGUUACGAUGCAUACUAUCAAUCCGCGUCCAGCUCAACGACACACCAUCACAAAUCAUCCACUAGUUCCACAUUAACCUCGCAUCAAUACAAAUCGGAUUCUUCAUCUGCAAGUUCAUCCUCGCGACGCAAGCACAAACACAAACACCACUCCAAGCAUAAACACAAGGAUGACGAUUUGGACGAACUCGAAAUAUACGAGAAUUCGUCGGCCACCAAAUGCAAAUACCAGGACGCCUUUGAGGAUUCGGUCAAGUAUGAAAAGUCGGUAAAAGAAAAGCUUAAAGCACUGCGCGCCGAAUGGCAGGAAUUUGAAGGCGAAUCGGAUAAGAAACGAGAGGAGUCAGAGGAUUCGUUAGAUGAAUUGGAACUACUUGCUUUAAGUAAGAAGAAAAUAGAAGAUGAGCUCAAGGCUUUGGAAGAGAUAGAGAGAAAUGCAGCUGCAGAUAAAGCUGCUGUACAGAAAAAGUUACUCAAGAAUGACGAGCAAACUGUUGCGAACAACGACAUAAAACCAACCGAAAAAGAAACACCAUCAAAAAACACAAGCGGUGCCACAUUAAAGGCUGAAGAUGCGUCUAGACAGUCGGACUGGCACGCAGCCAAGCGCAAGAAAGAGCUGCCCACACCAUCUGAAAGUGAUAUGAAUGGUAGUAAAUCCAAAUUCGCAUUGCCAAAAAACAAUAAAAAUUCAGAAAAUUCCAACACCAGUGAAAAUGCCGCAAAAGGUGGCGAAUAUCGAAAACCAGCGCAAAGACCCGAAUCGAAUUCAAAACACUCGUUAAAUGAAAGACAAGCGCGUCUCAACGCUGCCAAACAUAAAUCUGAUGUGAGCAAAUCCGUAGUUGAGCUACUAAAUCCGUACUAUAAAAAGAAGAUCACUUCAAAAGAGCUCUUCAAAACAUUGGCCAAAAGAAUAACAAAUCGUGUUUGUGACGGCAAAUUGGAGCCAUCGCAUUGCAAAUCAUACAUACGAGAUACCUUUCUCACCGUCAAUAUGAUCGCAACAGACGCAGACCUAGACAAAUACUUUCCGCUUACUUGAACAAACGGCUGGCGCAAUGCCAAGCAAUAGUACAUUUCAUUGUACUAACCUUUCAGCUGAUCGUCGUCUCAAUCAUACAUUACAUGGAACGGCUUUUCGUGCUAAAAAUUUGAACUUUUCGCUGGAAAUGAA